UCUUGCCACAAACUGGAACUCGGGAGAGGGGAGAAGCUGUGACUAGAACCAACAACAAACUACAUCAAAGUCCUGCAGCCCAGCAUUGCAUCUCAGCUGAAGCACAGCCAGCGAAAAUGGAAAACAUGCAGGAGUUGAUCCCCUUUGCCAAAGAGAUGCUGAGUCAGAAACCCAGCCGCGGUUUGCUGAGGGUCUACCUGGUGGGUUCAGUGUUUGCAGUUCUGGGGACAGUCAUUGGCCUGGUCGAGACCGUUUGUCACCCUUUCUCCUCUGGUGAGACGAUGGAUGCGGAGAUGGUCCUCAUGUUGGCCCGGGAGCAGAGAACUGUUCAGGCUGAGAUACAGCGCAGUGUCAGGGGCCAGGAAGGGGACGAGGAGGAGCUGGAUCAUGAAAAUGAGGUCACGAUCCAGACCGUGACCCUCUCCAAGACCCAAAGACUCAGCCAACGUGGCACAGCCAAUAGGCUGCAUGCUUCCUAAUGAGGUCAACCCCAAGUGACUUCAGAUAUUCAUUAGGGAACUGUUCCUGUUACACCACUGAGUUGUGCAAUACGUACAUAGUCUGAAGCUUUAUAGACAGCUAAAUGAGACGUGGCUAGACUGCCUGCCAUUCAGUGCUGCUUAUAAUGAUGCCUUCAAGUGCUGUUGGAAAUGUUUUUUUAGUAUGAUUUUAUGUAUUGGGCACACAUGAAAGAUAGUGAUGGCCGACAUGGAAGAGCUGAGACUAUGACAGGACCACCUGCCAUCAUGAGAGCAUGGAAAUCAAGUCAGUCAUACACUGUAUGGUAUAUGUGAAGUGUACAUAACCUCAGUUGGAGCAAUUGUUUUGUGGUUCCCUUGGGAAUAGGGUUUACUUGGAAAACAGCCCUGAUGGAAAAUGGAUGAACACAAACCACAGAAAGCUGUAGGCUACACUUAAGAAGUAAAACUGACAAAUAUCUCCAAUAUUCAUCCCUGGAGAAAUCUUUCUUUAUCAAACAGCAGUCUACCAGUAAAUAUGAAUCUAGUCUAGAAUGAAAACCCUGAAAUAAAUUCGGUGUGCUCCAUAAAACCAUAUUUUUAUUCUGCUGCUGGAACACAAUGUUUGGUUUCUAAAAGAAGAGAAAAGCAGCAGACUGAUUAAAUUAACCUCUACAGGGUAAAUUUUGUUCAUAUUUUCUGAUCCUAAGUUUGGACUCUAGAACUUGAAAUUAGGAGUUUGUGGGGAGUACCUGAAGGCAGCAUCGUGUUGAGAGUCUGCCUGGCUGCUGUAAGCUGCUGUGUAGCGCCACCAGUUGUCCGGUGGGUAUAAUCUGCCACUCCACCAACAUAGGCCUACUGUGCUCAAUGAGAGGAACAUUUGUUGAAAAUAUUAUGCUCUGUGCAUAUGCUGUACACAUGCAAUGUUUUUUGUACCAAUAAAGUUCAUUUUAUU